AUGAGUGAGCUCCGUCUGAAUCUGCCUCCUUUGCCGCGCGACGGCUUUGAACCGAACCACCUCGACCUCCGCUUAGAAGCACAGCGUCUGCACUGCCAGCAGCUCUUUUUACACCUUCUGGCUAUUUCAAUCAUGAGUCUCAACAGAUCUAAAAAGCCGUAUAGCCGACCCGCAUCCCGCCCGCGAGGCUCAGAGGGCGAAUGGCUUCAUGACAAAGCUCCUGGAGUGUCUCCAGCCGCUUCCAACAUCAACGCAACCUCGACCAUUCCCACUUCGAAGCUUAUUAUCUCGAACCUGCACUACGAAUUGACACCCAAAGACCUGACUCAAAUCUUUGGACAAAUUGGCACGCUUGUUCGUGAGCCAUUGAUCAGGUACGACCGCAGCGGCCGUUCGUCCGGUGUAGCCAUCAUCACCUUUGAAACGUCCGAGGAUGCUGCAGCUGCGAAGCAGCGGUUUGACGGAAAAUUGGCCAAGGGUCAACCUAUGUCGAUUGCAUUCCACGCGGGUGCACCACAUCGCCCACGGCAGAACCGCGCGGCCAGCGCACCGUCAUCCCUCCUUAACCGCAUACAAAAGCCACCUCUGCUCGAUCGACUGGGCGGCAAGGGUGCAAAAAGCCAGGCGCCAGCGCCUGCUAUUAGGACUGGACCGGGACCUAUCCGGACGAAGGCGGCUCGCCCCCCACGAGUGCCCAAGAAACCGAAGACGGCGGCGGAGCUUGAUAUGGAGAUUGAUGCAUUCAUGAAGGACGAUGUUGCACCCACACCGGCCGCGCCGCCGCCGCCGCCGCCGACGUCUGCAGCUGCGCCUGUCGAGGAGGAUGUCGAGAUGGCGUGA